GUUGAUUGUAGUAAAGUUUUGAGGAGUACCCUUGCAAGAGGAUUCGGAUUUGUCAAGUUCUUUAAAAGUUUGGAAUACAGGUUCUCUCAACGAGAUCAAGCAGAAAGAGAUUUGAAAAGAUCACUGGAAGUGGUUGCGUCCGAAAAUGGCGAGCUAUCAUCCAAGGCACAGGAGAUGCUUCGCAAAUUUGAUCCAAUGAUAAAUAGUUCAUACGUGGAACGGUAUUGGACUUCGACUCGAGUAAACGAGGAGCGCGAAAAGACUCGUUCAGAAGAAAUUAUUUCUAACGAAAAAGAAGAACAACAUUUCUUUAACCUAAAGUCAAAUAUUGCUAUGGAACAUGAUGUCGCAAGAAAUUCUUUUCGAACCCAAAUUCUGGAGCGUCUAAAUAAAAAG